AUGUCGGGAAUGGAUUAUACCAAUAUCCAGUCUAAUUCAAUGUUCGGAACGGCAACUGCUACAGCAAACAUCCCAUCACCAAAUAUUCAAAAAACCAUUUCAAAGAGGAAAAAACGUCGCCAUCGGACGAUUUUUACACAAUUUCAAGUAGAUGAAUUAGAAAAAGCUUUUCAAGAAGCUCAUUACCCUGAUAUAUAUGCUCGUGAACUGUUAGCUAUGAAAACCGAGAUUGCUGUAGAUCGGAUACAGGUUUGGUUUCAAAAUCGUCGAGCUAAAUGGCGGAAAACAGAGAAAACAUGGGGUAAAAGUACAAUAAUGGCAGAAUAUGGACUGUACGGUGCAAUGGUCCGACAUUCGUUACCAUUACCGGAAACGAUUACACGAUCAUCCGAAAAUCCAAAUGAAUCCGCUGCUCCAUGGCUUCUAGGAAUGCAUAAGAAAAGCCUUGAAGCAGCGGCACAUUUGGAAAAUGGUGAAAUUGAUAAGGAAUCGAAUGAGGACGACAGAUCGGUGGAAGCAUGCUCACCGGGUAUUUUGCUUAAGAAUGAUAACAAUAAUAAUAGUAAUGAUAAUAAUAACAAUAGUAGCAAUAAUAAUAAUAAUCUCAAUCAUAAUAUUAAUCAUGAUCAGCAAAGUACUAAAUUAUCCGUUUAUCAUCAAUAUGAUGGCUUCCGAUAUUCAAACAAUAGUACCAAUGUUAUUAGGCAAAAGUAG